CGGAAGCUGGGUUCGUAAAGUGAAGAAAAACCAGAGCGCUCGGCCUCUCAGCUGUUUCAUCUUCUGCUGUACUCGGAGGCUGCCUGCCAAGUGUAGGAGUAGCUGCUGUCACCAUGGCUCUCAGCGACGCCGAUGUCCAAAAGCAGAUCAAACAUAUGAUGGCUUUCAUUGAACAGGAAGCAAAUGAGAAAGCCGAAGAAAUAGAUGCAAAGGCAGAAGAAGAAUUCAACAUUGAGAAAGGUCGUCUUGUGCAAACACAGAGACUGAAGAUAAUGGAAUAUUAUGAAAAGAAGGAGAAACAAAUUGAGCAGCAGAAGAAAAUUCAGAUGUCCAACUUGAUGAAUCAAGCAAGAUUGAAAGUCCUUAGAGCCAGAGAUGAUCUUAUCUCAGACUUAUUAAAUGAAGCAAAGCUGAGACUCUCCAAGGUAGUGAAAGAUACAGCUAGAUAUCAGGUUCUUUUGGAUGGACUUGUUCUUCAGGGUUUCUACCAAUUGCUGGAGCCACGAAUGAUUGUCCGUUGUAAGAGAAGCGAUCUCCCUCUGGUGAAGGCUUCAGUGCAAAAAACAAUUCCUGUGUACAAGAUUGCAACCAAAAAAGAUGUUGAUGUCCAAGUUGAUCCGGAGGCAUACCUGCCAGAGGACAUAGCUGGAGGUGUUGAGAUUUAUAAUGGGGAUCGUAAAAUAAAAGUUUCUAAUACCCUAGAAAGUAGACUGGAUCUUAUAGCCCAACAGAUGAUGCCAGAAGUCCGUGGGGCUUUGUUUGGUGCUAAUGCCAACAGGAAAUUUUUGGACUAAUCCUCUGAUGAGGUUCGAUCCAUUCCAUCUUCUGUAUUGAUGUUAUAAAAGUGUCUAAAAUUGAAGAAACAACUAUCAAUUUCUUCUUCCUUGAUGCUCUGACAUUGUCCUUUGUGGAAUAGUCUUUGUGUAGAAUGCCAUCAGCCUAAAUGUUAACUUUGGGAGAGGAUUUAUGGACUUAAAACUGUCAAGAAGUAACCUAGUUGAUAUAGAAAUGACCAAGUUCUGAUCUCCUCUACAUUCUAGGGACAAGGGGAAUACAUAUCAUUUGCAUGGUUUUCACUGAGAAUCCUUCUGUGAUCUGCCUUAGGUUGGAGUGAGCUCUGUGUGUGUGAGGUAUAUUAUAGUUUUUUUGUAUUUGUUUUCUGUAGGUUACAUCAAAAUGCAUAAGGAGCAUGCAUUCACUCCAGCAUCAGUAGUAUUACCCCUGUAACUAUUUGGGCUUUUAGAGGCUUUCUUCAGUUGUAUCUGUGAUUCAAAAAGGUGUGAAUAUGCUUUAUUUAUUAAAAUAAAAACUAUGUGGAUCAAACUAUAAUAA